AACAUCUCUCAUAUUUAUUACUAAACUUAUCUUAAAUGCAGCAUACAGACUAAUGCUUUUGACAGUAAAUCUCCUCCUGCACUUACAAACUUGCAUGCUGCAAGAAUCAGUUUCAAUAUUACAUUGCUUUGUCUUUAACCUUAAUUUGUAUUAAAUAGUUGGAUCUAAUUCUGUUACUUUUAAUCACCACAUAAGAAAGCCAGAGUUGAUACUCAGAUGGAAGAAAUAUGAAACCAAAAUGGAAAAGAAUAUAGGUAGAGUACUCAGGAGGUUAAACUUAGGGAGGAAAAUCUGUGCUAAAAUUGGUUAUUUUAAUAGACUAAAGCCAUAGUGCAGAAAAUAUAUAAUUUUAAAGAGAUUUUUCCUAUCUGUUCAAAGAAGGAUAGGAGGUUUAUUAAGUUCUUUCAAGGCAACCCCUCUUGUCAUGUGAAAAUAAAGCAGAUACAUUCAUGAUACAAGUGAAAGAAGCAUAAACCUCAAACUUACAUCUAGAUAGUGUUUCAAAGCCAAGUCAAUACUAAUGUGUUUUGUGUGUGUAUCUUGGGGGUUUUAUUGCUUUUGCUUAGAAUUUCAUAAUUUCUCAAAUACUACUUUUUGUGCUUAUAAAACAUGUUGUACUGGGAGAUCUAGAGACAGAGGGCCUGUACUUAGCAACAAAACUACAUACAGCUCAGACUGCAAAGAAUGCCUGUGAAGAAAAUGAAGAACAUUUUGAGUUGAGGAUGUUAUUAGCUGUAUCUCUUAUUGGUGUGUCUACCUUAUAAAUGUUUACUUCUUGUUGCUGACUGUUGUUCUGCCAUUUACUCCUCUGUUGGCCUUCUUUCCCACAUGCAUAUGUGCUUUCCUUUUAUAUAUUUUAAAGAAGGCACUGAAAGUUUACUUAGAGAAAAUUCAGGGGAGUGGUUUUCUGUGUAUCUUAAUCUAUUGAGAUUGAAGCAAAGUAGCAGAUGAAAAUAAGAAUGCCUUUUUAAAAUGAUCUUUCUCAUUUUCAGUUCCACUUGCUCGUGGGCACUGAUGAAGUUAGAUGCAAAUGCGUUAUUUCUGUGCUUGAAAGAAACCAAGCAAUGGUCACAGUGACUUUCAUAUUUGUUCCAUUUGAUGAUGUGAUGAUGCCACAGCGGGUUAGACUGCAGUACGAAGCUGCCAUUCAACACCCAAACAGUAUUAUUGGUUGCCAAGUCAGAAGGGAGCCACCAGAGUCUACUGAACGGUACACUCGUUGGAUCAAUAACCUGACUGAAGAGCAACUUCUUACACAGGUGUUUACCUCCCAUGGGCCUACUGUCAUCAUGCCAACCUGGUUCUGUUCUCGAGAGUGGUUUUAUCAAGUAGGAAAAUUUGAUGAGGGUGGAAAGGGUGUUCCAGAAGAUCUGUUGUUUUUUUAUAAACAUCUCCAGAAGGGUGGUGAAGUCCUUCGAGUGAACCAUUGCCUUCUGCUGUACCGUUACCAUCCACAGGCUGCAACUCAUUCUGUCCUUGAGGAAACCAUCUGGAAUCACCGAGUCAAGUUUCUUGAGGAUAGAGUCCUGAGCUCCUGGAUGUCAUUCACUAUUUGGAAUGCUGGCAAGCAAGGCAGGAAGCUCUACAGAAGUUUGUCACCAGCUAAUCGGGAAAAGGUAACUGCAUUUUGUGAUGUUGAUGAAAAGAAAAUAGCAAAAGGAUUCUACACUUUUGAAGAAUCUGAGGAGAGACCAAAACCAAAAAUUCCUAUAUGUCACUUCAGAGAAGCAACUCCACCUUUCAUUAUCUGUGUGAAGCAGGAUUUGACAGGAGGAGCAUUUGAAACAAACUUGAACAUGCUGAACUUGAAAGAAGGGAUGGAUUAUUAUCACUUUAACUAAAGGCAAAGUGUACUUUGCAGCAAUGCUGAAAAUCCAAUGUGUUGAGAUGCCACAGCAGCACCUGAACCAAGAGCUUCAAUUUACAAAGCAGAAGCCAGCACUGCAACUUCACUUUGCUGAACUCUGCAAGAGAGAAAGAGAAAAGAGGUGGAGCAGCACAUAGUGUAGUUGUACCAACAGCACAGUUGUGUAUGUAACUAAGUAAGAAAAUGUAGAAAUGUGAAGUUAAAUUUUUUAACUACCCAUCAGUAAAUUUGGUUUGUACAGAUUUUUAAAGGAAUAACUGUUUAUUUACUUCAAUAAAAUUAAUUCAUCUUUUCAUAA